AAAAAACACAAGAAAAAACACACACACACACUCUCUCUAUCUCUCACUUCUUUCUCUCUCUACUUUCUCUCUCUUCCGUUUCCGAUCCAAGAAAGAAAUCUCAAACACUCACAACAACAGCUGUAGACACCUAAAUCAGGCGCCGACAAAUUGUUUCAGUUUUCAGUUUUUUUGUUUUUGUUUUCUCAAUCUAAAUCUGUGUUUGUCUCUGUUUUUUGUGAUCCCGAGUUUGUUGUGACUCGGCCGAGUUCGAACUCAGUUCAGCAUUGAUUCUAUAUCUUAUCAUUGAAGUUUCAGUCCCAAACAAUAAUGGUUGUUGUGGCGGAUGUGAUUUUAUGAUAAGACUGUACUACUGACUCGUUUGGUUGGUGGGUGGUGUGGUGGAGGAAGAGGAGAAAAGGUGUGGUGUGGGUUUAGGGUUUGUUCGAUUCUCUUCUUCUUCUUCGGUUUUGUUUGGGAAUGGAGACUACUCAGAGUUCGAGCAGUUGGAGAGAUGCAUACAAGGGUAUGUCUUCUGAUAAUAUCAAGGGUUUGGUUCUUGCUCUUUCUUCAAGUUUCUUCAUUGGUGCUAGCUUCAUUGUUAAGAAAAAGGGUUUGAAGAAAGCUGGGGCUUCCGGUGUCAGAGCGGGUGUGGGAGGAUAUUCUUACUUAUACGAGCCACUUUGGUGGGUGGGCAUGAUUACAAUGAUUGUUGGAGAAAUCGCUAACUUUGCAGCUUAUGCAUUUGCACCGGCUAUACUGGUCACCCCUCUCGGUGCCCUUAGCAUAAUUAUCAGUGCUGUACUUGCACAUAUUAUUCUACGGGAGAAACUUCAUAUAUUUGGAAUACUUGGUUGUGCUCUAUGUGUUGUGGGUUCUACGACAAUUGUUUUACAUGCUCCUCAAGAACGCGGAAUUGAUUCUGUGACAGAAGUUUGGGAUCUUGCCAUGGAGCCAGCUUUUCUUUUUUAUGCGGCCCUGGUUGUAACAGCUGCACUUGUACUUGUAUUCCACUUCAUCCCACUUUACGGCCAGACACACAUUAUGGUUUACAUUGGAGUUUGUUCCCUUGUUGGUUCAUUGUCGGUCAUGAGUGUAAAAGCGCUAGGAAUUGCUCUGAAGUUGACAUUGUCAGGAACUAAUCAGCUUAUAUAUCCCCAAACAUGGGCCUUCACUUUAGUUGUAGUUUUUUGUGUUAUCACUCAAAUGAAUUAUUUGAACAAGGCUCUUGAUACUUUCAACACAGCCGUUGUCUCUCCCAUAUAUUAUACCAUGUUCACAUCAUUAACUAUUUUGGCUAGUGUUAUCAUGUUUAAGGAUUGGGAUAGGCAAAGUCCAACUCAAGUUAUCACAGAAAUGUGCGGGUUUGUGACUAUCCUCUCAGGGACUUUUCUACUUCACAAAACAAAAGACAUGGCCGAUGGUACUUCCUCUCAAUUAUCUCAAAUUCUUCCUUACAUUCUGAACCUUUGUUUGAUAAUGUUAUUAAAAUCGCGUGUAGGUUCAUCAUCGUCCACACGCAUGCACAAAUAUUCAGAAGAGGACGGAUUUGGCCCAGAAGGGAUACCUCUUAGACGGCAGGAAUCCAUGAGAUCGCCAUAAAUCUUAUUCUUUAUAAUUGAGAUUCUACCAUGUCAAGAAUGAAAUUUGCAUUACUUGUGUGGGGGAAAGAAGAAGUAGAGGGUUCACCCGGCCUUUGGUGUUCAUUUGUUAUCGGUACCUCGUCCCACUUAUCCAUCCCCGGCAUAUCCUUUAGAGAAGAUGGGUGAGAAUUUUUGGUGUUUCUAUCUCCUUUCCCUAAAUCGAGUUUCGGCUUCUACAGUUAGCUGGUUUCAGCUGCCAUCUUUGUAUACCGUUUCGCAUAUUCGUCGUCUUUGUUGUUCUUCUACAACCAUUGAUACUUGCCAAUGUAAUUUUGUGCACAUUGGUUAUACAUAUAUUGUACUGUAUCUGACAAAUGCUACUUCAAUGAAUUCUUGCAAGGACUAAAAGAGAAUCUGAACUUUGCCCUUA